UUUUGCCACUAACAUGUCAAAGGUCUGUUUGUGGACUUUGUUACUGCAGAGCGAUCUGGGCACUGAUUUGUCUCCAUUGUACGCCUAUGUAGCGGAAUUUGGCCGAUCCAGUUUUUAGUCUACGAUGCUUGAAUGGGAGUCAUCAGAUUAUGAGCCCUCACUUCCAGUUUCGGAGAAAUCAAACCCCCUGACAUGGGACAUCGACCAAGCUUCACCCAGUCGCAUUGUUCGGAUGUUGCAGAACUGCGACGCCGAGAUGUUUCGCGAAGAGACAGGAAGCACUUACCUGACGCUUUUGUGUGACAAAGUGGUGAAAACCAUGAUGGACGUGGCUGAGAUAGUGGAGCUCAUCCUCAAGGAGCCAAAGGACAGCCUUGUUGUCUUGAGUGGCUGUGGAACGUCAGGUCGCCUGGCUUUCCUCGUGGCGUCAGGGUUCAACAGAGCACUGAGGGAGAUGAACCACAGUGAGGUCUAUGCAUACAUCAUUGCAGGAGGCAACAGAGCGCUGUUUUCCUCCCAAGAGGCCCCAGAAGAUGACCCCCACCUGGGCAUGUCCUGUCUGAAGAAGGUGUGUGAGGGGAAGAAGAGGGUCUUGUUCAUCGGGAUCUCCUGUGGACUCUCUGCUCCAUUUGUAGCAGGUCAGUUGGAGUUCUGUCUGCGGCACCCGGAGGUUUUCACUCCUGUUUUAAUUGGUUUUAACCCUGCACAUCAGGCACGGAAUGAGCCGACACCAAACUGCACGUUCACUUUCCUGAGUGUGGUCCAAAGAAUGCAGGUGCUUGCCAACAGUCGAAAAGCCUUCCUCAUCAACCCAUCAGUUGGGCCGGAGGCCAUCAGUGGUUCUUCCAGGAUGAAAGGAGGCAGCGCCACUAAGAUGCUCCUGGAGGUGAUCCUGUGUUCUGCUCACGCUGCCGCUUUCUCACGUGCAGCCACCACACACCAGGUCAUCUUGCAACACCUGGAAGCUUAUGAAAAAACUGUCAAGGUCACAUAUGCUCAGAGUACGGCCAUAGCUGCUUUGGUGACUACUGCUGGGCAGAGUUUACUCUGUAAGAAACGUGUAUGUUACCUGGGGUGGGGCAGCCUGGCUGUGCUGGGCCUCAUUGAUGCCAGUGAAUGUGAGCCAACGUUUGGGGCAGCCUACAGGGAUAUUCAAGCUUUCAUAAGUGGAGGAUACAGAGCGCUCAACAACGCUGAAGGUUCCAUUGCUUUGCUGGGUCCCCAGUUUUGCAUUGCGCAUGAAGACUUUUUGCUUCAUGUCCUACCCACUCUCGAUGACCAAGACACUGUCAUUCUCAUCUACACACAAACUGACAAUAUCACUGAAGUGAUGAAUGUUGCCUACAGAGUGAGGGAAAAGAUGUCUAACCUCCACGCUAUUUAUCACCAGGCUGAUGGAGAUGAUGACGAUCAAGAUGACAUAAAUAGAUUGUGUAUGUCCACGUUAACAUUUUCUUGGCCAUUACCUUCUUCUGGAAGUCUACAGCACAUGUGGGAGCUGUCCACCAAAUUGGUGCUGAACGCUGUGAGCACGGGAGCGCACAUCCUGAAGGGCAAGGUUUUCCACAACUACAUGAUCGACGUGCAAGUCACCAACAGCAAACUUUACCGCCGAGCCACACGUUUAAUCCAGAAAUUGUCUGGUCAUCCCGAGGCCCAGUGUGAGGAGGCUCUCUUGAAGGCUAUCUACCAGGUGGACCACCUGACUGAGGACAUGACCUCCGGUCACAUGGCCACACACAUAGCCAAGGGCAGAGAAAGGACAAAGGUAGUGCCUCUGACCUUGGUCUCACUGCUGACUGGUUGCUCUCUCGAGGAUGCGAGUUCUCGCCUGGAUUUGCAGCCAAUCAUACGGAAGGCUGUGGAGGCACUCAUGUCCAAGAUAUAAUAUUCUGUAACAACUUACAGGAGACAUUUUUCUGUCCAUAAAUUUGUACCAAUGAAGAUGAGGACUCUCAUUUUGUCAUCUAUUUUUUUAGCUUAUCUUUAUGCACCUCAAAUGGAUUUAAUGUUUUUGAUUGUUUUUUUUUUUUCUGUGCUUUAUCCGCAUACAUUGAAACAUUUGAAUGGGUAUUCAGAUCUACUGUGCUUCAGCGCGGAUCAUUAUCAUACAGAUGUAUUGUAUUGCAUUGUAUAUGAUAGUCUUGUAGCCUUUACCCAUAGUGUGUUUGUCAUGUUAUUUUCUUUCUAAUCUUCCGAGACAACUCUCCUGUGGUCUAUGUUUAGCGUGGUACAGGUCAGUGACUAAUGUCUCCCUUUAAAUUGGCUUACUGACUGAUUACAAGUUUGAAGACACCUGUAAUGCUAAUGCCGGGGAA